ACAGUGAUAAAACUGGUCUGGCUGCAAAUCAUCGUGACUCGACUAGUUUUAAUAAUCUUGUAGCAUCCAGCGUAGUACCAUAUAAUUUGCAGUAUCUCACGGCAAACCCGUCAGUAUCAUGAAUGAUGCACGAGAGAUCACAUCAUUGAAAAUCCUUGUAACGACUUUUUGAUUGUUUCGAGAAAUCAAUAAAAAUUGAAAUGGCUACGACUUUCGAAAUAUUUUGCACAGUUGUUGCAAUUAUCUUAGGAUUAUAUUAUUACUUCACGUCAACUUUUAAUUUUUGGAAAGAACGAGGAGUAGCAGGACCAAGGCCAUAUCCAGUUAUAGGAAAUAUCGGAAAAACGUUGUUGGGAAAUAUAUCUAUGGGAGAUUAUUUGAAAGAACUUUAUGAUAACCCUGAGUUCAAAAAUGAACCAUUAAUUGGUAUAUUUACAAAGAGGACACCUAUCUUAAUCGUAAAAGAUCCUGAAAUGAUUAAGGACGUCCUUAUAAAAGAUUUUUCUAAGAUCUCAGAUCGUGGAAUUACUGUAUUCGAAAAGGUCGAACCGUUAUCGCAACAUCUUUUUAGUUUGGAACCAAAAAGAUGGCGACCAUUAAGAAUUAAACUUUCUCCAGUUUUCACUUCGGGUAAAUUAAAGGAGAUGUUUAAUUUAAUAUUAGAAUGCGGUGAUCAUUUUGAAAAUUAUAUAGAAAAACUUGUGGCAAAAAACGAAUCGAUCGAGUGCCGUGAAUUAACAGCUAAAUUUACUACGGACGUUAUCGGUAGCUGUGCAUUCGGAUUAGAAAUGAAUUCGAUCGCCGAUGAAGAUAGUGAAUUUCGUAAAAUGGGAAGAUCGAUUUUCGAAGUUAAUAUUUUAAAUAUAAUACGAAAUAAAAUUAGAAAUAUGGCACCGCAGGCUUAUAAAUUAAUCGGCUAUAUUCUCCGACGAGAUGAAGUCACGAAAUUCUUUCAAGGAUUAAUAGUAAAUACUAUAAAUUAUAGAAAGAAACAUAAUAUCUUGAGAAACGACUUUGUUAAUCUUCUUAUGAAAUUGAAAGAUGAUCCAGAAAAAUUAAACGGCAUUGAAUUCACAGAUGAUCUUCUCGCUGCUCAAGCUUUUGUAUUUUUCCUCGCGGGCUUUGAAACAUCGUCUACAACAAUGAGUAAUGCUCUAUACGAAUUGGCUCUGAAUCCUACGGUACAAGAUAAGUUACGAGAAGAAAUUAAUGAAGAAUAUAAAAUAAACGGGGAGACAUUAAAAUAUGAAAAUAUUAAAGAAAUGACUUAUUUGGAUCAAGUAUUUCGCGAAACUUUAAGGAAAUAUCCACCAGUAACAUUUCUCAUGAGGAAAACUAUAUCGGAUUAUACGUUCGAGAAUCAUAAAGUUACAGUACCAAAGGGUAUGAGAAUUUGGAUACCUGUUUAUGCGAUUCAACGGGAUCCAGAAAUUUAUCCUUCACCGGAUGAAUUUAAACCCGAAAGAUUUAGUCAUGAAAUUGAAAGUACAAGACAUCCAAUGUGUUAUUUACCUUUUGGGGAUGGUCCAAGAAAUUGCAUUGGUGCAAGAUUUGCCUCUUAUCAAAGUAAAAUAGGAUUGAUAAAGAUACUGAGGAAAUUUAAAGUCGAAACUUGCGAAAAAACACCGAUUCCUUAUAUAAAUAAUCCAAAUGCAUUUAUUUUAACUCCACUGAACGGAAUGUACCUCAAAUUAAAAAAAAUUGAUGAAAAUAAAAGUUAAACAACAUGUA